AUUGAGGUUGUUGGGUUGUGAGUCAAAUUGUUCAACUGAUCUGGAUGAGCUGAGAUGGAAAAAGAUAAGAAAAAGCUAGAAUGGAAAGAAAGUCGAAUAGUUGCUAAAUACUGAUAAACUUUAGAAAACAUAAGCCAUUUUUUUCCUUAUCUUAGAGGUCCCUGUGUUCAAUUAGUCCAAUCAUAUGGUCCAUUUUUGUGUUAAAAAAACAACUAACCUGAGAUUUAGGUUUUCUAUUGUUGGAUCAAAGGGUUGUUUUGAUUUUAGAAUGCUUUAGUUAAUUAAUCUUUUUCACCAUAAUUACUUUUUGCACAUGUUGCAUCUUUUCCAUUCUUGUUUUCACACUAUACACUUCCUUUAGUUGUACCAAUGAAUGGUGUUGGCUCAGAGUUUUAUUUUGAUUUUUUACAUCAUAUUGGCUCAUAAUUGAGCCCUUGAGUGUUAGAAACACGCAACGGAUUACUUGCUAAAGGUAUGCUUACCAAAGGGCAUUUGUGCUUUUAUGUAUCUGUUUUUGUGUUUACAUAUAUUUAUUUCCCUAUCUUGGUGGUUUGUGUGUAUUCGUGUGUGUUUGUGAAUUCAAGUUUUGGACCUUUUUUUGACAUAUUAUUUGAAUUUCAGGAAAUGACACCUGAAGCUGAGAUUAUUUCUACAAGAUUCUCGAAAAGUGUCAUCAAGUCGUGUGCAACAUUGUCCUAUGUAGAAGCUCAAGCCAGGAUGGAUGAUAGGUAAUGAGGCAGAGGCGUAUUGAUAGAGGAGCAUUGACUCUUGCCUCCGCUGAAGUGAAAUUUCAGAUUGAUACUGAAACUCAUGACCCUCUGGAUAUUGGGUGACGAAAACAAUGAAGACGAUGAAGAUAUUUGGUUGCAUGACGCAAAUAAAACUAGAAAUGGUGGAUCCUUGGAUAAUGCCAAAUGCAAAUUGUUGAAUUGGGAUAGAACAAAGGUGGUGGCUGCAGAAGGCACAAUUGCAUCAACAGAUUCUAAAGCAUUGGCUAUGAAGCAUGGAUACGCCAAAAUGGAAGCCGUGGCGGUGUUGGACACGGGGACACGCCGGGGACACGUAUGGGACACGGCAUCUGGCGUGUCCCCUUAAUUUAAUUUAUUUUUUUGCAGGGUACACGCGUGUCCAAAUCUGGACACGCCAUGGACACGGCGAGAAGAGUAAAUGAAAAGGAAAACGAGUACAAACCUGGUCGGCGACGAUCCAGAGCCCUUCGACUUUGACUUUGACUUCGACGAUCCAGAGCCCCCUUCGACUUCGAUGAGCUCUCUCUCGCCUUUGCCUUCUCAGAGCUCUCUCUCUCUCUCUCUCUCUCUCGCCUUCUCUCUCUCUCUCCUUCAUAAUCGCAAUCGCGAUCAUCUCCCUCUGUCUCGCUUCUAUCUCCCACUCUCUCGGUUCUCUCCCGUCUUUGUCUUGUUGUCUUGAUUCAUAUAUAAUAUAUAUAACCAUUAUAU